AUUUGCAAUUGUAUGCGUGGUUGUCAGGUAUAGUGUAUAGUUGAAUUUAGCUUGCAUAACCCUUCUCUCAGAAGAACAAACCCAAAAAUAAUAUUAGGAAAAUAUGAAAAAAUAUAGGAAAAAUUCUAAAUUUAGGUGAGAAAUUUCAAUAGUGUGCAAAGGGAAUUUUUCAUUGAAAUUUCCACCAAUUGCAGUUAAUAAAAAAAACGUGUUUUAAUACAGAAUAAUCAGAGUACAGCUAAACUUUCAUUUUUCUAUGUCAAAAAAAUACAAAAAACAAGAUUCUUAAUUGCUAACUUUUUAUCAACAACAUUAGUUGGAAUUACCUGUAGCAAUGAAUAAAAGUGUAUGAAAAUCAAACAUGAUUGAAAAAUUUUCACGGUGGAAGCUUGGAAAUUUUACAAUUUUCCAUUGCCGGAACACAUUUGGUGUUUGUGGACUACUUUUUCUACUCUUCCUCUAUAUUUUCUGGACAUCAUCAGAAGGUGUAAAGCUGUACGAGGCGGUGUCGGAUACAGAAACAAUAUCUAUUUGUAAUGUAAAUUUGCAAGAUUACCGCAAAUUCAACCAAAGAAUCUCAUCAUGGCCUAUGAUCUACUUUGUAACACCAACUUAUCCACGAAGAGAACAAAUUGCUGAAUUAACAAGACUUGGACAAACAUUGAUGCACAUCCCCAAUUUACACUGGAUUGUAGCUGAUGAUGUGGAUACAUGCAAUAAUUAUUUGGAUUUCAUUAUAAAGGACUUUGGAAUCCCUUAUACUCAUAUCUCGAGCCCAAUGCCCGAUAUUUAUCGCAGUAAAAAUACAAUCCCAAGAGGUGUAGCAAAUCGCAGAGCAGCCCUUUCGUGGAUUCGCAAUAAUAAUAUACGUUCUGGUGUCUUGUACUUUGGGGAUGAUGACAAUACAUUUAGUUUGCGACUUUUCACAGAAAUUCGUUCUACAAAACGCGUCUCAAUGUUCCCGGUGGGUCUCAUUGGGAAGUACGGUGUGAGUGCGCCAAUAGUUAAAAAUGGACGUGUUGUGGGAUUUUUUGAUUCAUGGCCCGCUAAAAGGCAAUGGCCCGUCGAUAUGGCGGGAUUUGCAGUAAAUCUUGAAUACUUAUCACAUCACCCAAAUGCAACUAUGCCAUAUAAAGCAGGAUAUGAAGAAGAUGAAUUUCUCAAAAGUAUCAAUUUAACAAUAGACGAAAUUGAGCCUAAAGCAAACAAUUGUACAGAAAUAUUUGUAUGGCACACACAGACGACAAAAGUUAAGGCAUCCGUCAUUAAAAUCGAUGAUAAUGUAAUUGAAUCAGAUAAGACAAGCUUGGGACCACUCCUAAAACAUCUCAAUUCUAUGGGAAUCAGUCAUCCAAGUUCCACAUCUGGAGUGAAUGCUGAAAUUAUUAAGAAUGGCAAAAUGAGGCCAAUUUCGACACUUUUUUGAGAAAAACAAAUUUAAACAAAAAAAAGAUAGAAUAGUAAAUGCCACAACAAUUACUCAAAGAAUAAUUUAGUUUAGAUUUCUUAUAAAAAAAAAAGAUAUAUGUACCACAUAUAUUCUGAGUACAUAAAUGCACAUUUUUUUGAACAAAAUACAAUAAAACUAAUUUGUUAAUAUUUAAUUCUUACAAAAAGAGAAAAAACAACACAACCUAAGUUACUACAUAUUAUAAUUAAUCUAGAAUAGCUAGCACUUUAGGUACUGCCGCAAGAAUUAAAAAAAAUUAAUGAAAUUGAAAAAAAAGAAUAAUUAAAAUAAAAGUAAAAUAAUUUUCUAUAAAUAUGAAUUCAUAAUUUCAUAACAUUAUUCACAUAAUUCUCCUAAACUCUAUUGCUUUAUUCACGCUGUUUUCAAAAUUAAAAAAAAAAACAUGAUCUAUUGAAAUUUUUAACAGUAACACCUAAUAAUACCUAUUAAUUUAUUUAGAAAUAAGCCAUAAAUUUUUGUUAAUGUUCCUAUUUAAAUUUAUGAUAUUUACAUUUACAACAUAUUGAGAGCCAAAUCAUUUACUUUUCUCCAUUGGAAAAAAUGUAUUUCUCAAUAGAAUGGAGUUUUUUUUAUUUACAAAAAAAUAUGUUCAGAUUAUAAGAAAAGCUACUGUGAUAAAUAAUAUUUUAAAAGACGAAAUUUAUUGCAAAUAGCAAAUUAGGUAUAAUAUAAAAAUAACAAAGAGCCUCUAUAGUGAAUUAUUUAAUAAAAAUUCGAUAAGUCGUACAGAGAUUGGUAUGGAGUAGGUUGACCUAAUGCAAACUUCUAACCAGAACAGUCUAACAAGAAAAUUUUCUUAACUAGAAAUUUCUUUCACCAAUUAAUUCAAUUUUACUGCACCAUAGUGUCUCAUACUAAUUAAAAUUAAAAAAAAAUCUACAACUAGAAAUUUGUUUCCAGUAAAUUAAAUGUCGUUAAAGUUUUUUUUACAUACCUACACAUUAACUCGAAAAAUCACAUGACAUCUUCCCUUUUAUGUGCACAGCACGGGUCUCGAUUUUACACUUUCACAUCAGAUUACGGAGCAGCACCAAAGUAAAGUGUUGAAAUUGCGAAAGAAAAAAAAGCAGCAGGCUUAACUUUACGUAUUUCAAUUCUAGGACUUAAUUUGUGACUUAAGUUCUAUUAAUUUUCAAUGAGAUUAUUCAAAUUGUUCUUUAAACUGCUUUUUAAACAUUUACAUUAAAUUAACAAAUAAAAAAAAACAUAUCUGUUAAAUAAUAUACACAAUGAUUAAAUUCAUAUAAAAUUAAUAUAUAAAAACAGGAUAUAGAAUUAGUCUUCCUGAUAAAAAAAAACAUCACACAUUGGGCUUCUCUACUUGUUAUUGUUGAAGUUAAUAAUUAAUAUUUUUUUGUAAAUACAUUUAUUAAUAACAAUAGGAAAAGCACGGAGAUUAUGUGUUAGGAAUAAAAUAAAAUUUAUAAUUAGGAAAAAAAAUUGCGAUGCUUUUUGUAAAAAAAAAAUACAGUAAUAAAUUCAGUGCUUUAAGCUA